GCGAGACAUGUCGUGCUACAGCCCGUGCCUGCCAGCCACCUGCGGCCCAGCCCCGCUUGCCAACAGCUGCAACGAGCCGUGCGUCCUCCGGUGCGCCGACUCCAGCGUUGCGAUCCAGCCCUCGCCAGUCCUGGUGACGCUGCCGGGCCCGAUCCUCAGCUCCUUCCCUCAGAGCACAGCCGUGGGAUCCAGCGCGUCGGCUGCCGUGGGGAGCUCCCUCAGCGCUGGCAGUGUGCCCAUCGCUUCUGGCGGCUCCCUGGGGCUGGGGGGCUUUGGCUGGUCCGGUCUGGGCCGUGGGCUCUGCGGGCCUCUGGGACGGGGCAAUCUCUUAUGCUGAAGCCCGUGGAUUGCCUGCCCGCGGUCGAGCGCCAGGAGCCGCGAGGAAAGCCCGGGAGCCAGCCCAGAGAGCAAGGCCAUCAUCCGCAGAGGAGCACGGCUCCCGCCGCUCC